ACACAGAAGAUGUAUAAUCAGCACAACAUUUUUAUGAACACUGUGUUAUAUUAAUUAGUGAACGGACUAAAACUGCUGUAACGGGAGGAUUGGCAGUCAUCAUUGUCCUUAAUUUUUGUUUUUGCAGUGCACUUAGGAGAAGCUAACUGCUCUGUGAUUGGCUACUUGUUGGUGACCCCUGUUGCUGCCCCCGUCAAUCAAAAAAUUAGCGGGAACGCUCCUUAUUUGUGGAUUUUCACCAAAACUAUGGCAUGUGUACAACGAGUGAGAACUUCACAGGACACUCAGCUGUUGCCUAAUCAGGUUCUCUCAGAGCAGCAGUCCUUGGUUGUUAUGAAAAAACUUCUGGCCAUCGCAGUGUCUGGCAUCACAUACCUUCGGGGCCUUUUCCCAGAGAAAGCCUACGGGAGCAAAUAUGUUGAAGAGCAGAAAGUGAUGAUCCUUAGAGAGGAGCGCAGCUGUCCUGGUGCCAGUCAGAUUGUUCAGUGGAUGCAGGGAUGCUUUGAGGCCAUCCAGAGGAAAUAUCUCCGGACAGUCAUCAUGUCUAUCUACACUGAUCCAGAGAACCCCCAGAAAGUGACUGAGUUUUACCAGUUUAGGAUCCAGUACACUGCAAAAGGAGCGCAGAUGGACUUUGAGAGCAGUAACAACAACAAGGUGUCAGCGAUGUCGUGCGGAAACACGAAGAAGGCGAGCAUCCUGCUGGUGAGGAAGCUCUACACCCUGAUGCAGAACCUGGGUCCUCUGCCAGACAACGUCUGCCUCAACAUGAAGCUGGCCUACUACGACGAUGUCACCCCUCAGGACUACCAGCCGCCAGGCUUCAAGGAGGCUGAAGGCGACACCAUGGAGUUUGAGAGGGAGCCAGUGAAAUUGACCAUGGGCGAGGUGGCCACUCCCUUCCACACUCUGAAGUUGGACAUGGCCACAGAGAGACAGAGACUGGAGCAGGUGGAGGAGAGUGUGAUGGAGAAGUGGGUUCUGAAGAUGGAGGAGGACGGUGUCCUUUCACAGAGCCAUGUGAUUGAAGACGUGGAGAAGCCUGACACUGAGAACACAGACUUGGAUAACACCGAUGUCCAAAUGACCUGUCUUGAGAAGAUGGAGAGUUGUGAGGAAGUUACAGAGAUCGACACUCUGGUGAAGAGGACCUCUGACAUGGAGGUGGGCCUGAAGAGGACCAGGAGUGGACGGAUCAUCCAGUCCACCACGGAGACAAACUUGACUGUGGACAAUAAGCAGACACCUAGGAAGGACAAAAUGGUUUCUCAGUAUGACAUCCCCAGCAGCCAGGAAACUCCAUCCACCACCGCGCCUAAGAAGAGACGCAAAUUCAGCGAACCCAAAGAGCGCUAUUGACCUCACACCCCACUGCUCACACAGCAGCACAGCUGUAUUGAUUUACACUGAUGUUUUUUUAAAUUCACAAGUUAUGUAGUUGCGGGUUUAAAAAAAAAAAAAAGGAGUUCCACUUGUUUUUGAAAACAUUUUAGCAGUAUUUUGAGGUUGUUACAUAACUGUCAGUGUAUUGUUUAUUUGAAUGAAAUACAGAUACAAAAUAUGUUGCUGCAAAAGUGUUUAUUUUGCCUUUGAAUGGUUAUAUUUGUUUUACUGGCACCACUCUGUUCAUGUGUACAAAGCAGGACUGCAAAACCUCAAUAAAAUAUAAAACUGCA